UGUCCCUCCCAUGUUUCACUUAAUUUGGGGGAGGCAAACUUCUGUCAUCUCCUCCCGCCGGCUUCGGUUUAGUAAUCAGACCCACAUGAGUCACGCCGAACACGCAGCCCCCUCCUGCCCGAGUGACAACUGGCCAGCGUACUCUUCGUUGUUGUCCCUUUAAAACUCGAAUCCAAGGGAGUAAUGAUUUAUCAAACUUGUAUUAUCAAGAAAAUGUCAAACGAAGGGCACCUUGCUUUGCACUGACGCAAACCUGGCCUUUCCCGAGGAGAUAUAGAAAGCGCCUCUCUUGCCGGAGUCAAACCCAGUCUUGUCAAUAGCUGGUUUCAGUCUCUACCCAUUCAAUCUGUGUGUCGCCGGUGUCAGACAUGGACUGCGGUGCUCCCAAGGAAAUGAAUAAACAACCAGCCAACAGUCUGGAUGUGGCGGUGGCACCAGGCCACCACGAUGGCCGGUGUGCGCCCAGGACGAGCCCAGACCAGGAGCUUCCCGCGGCCGCCGCCGCACCGCAGCUGCAUGUGCCCAGGUCCGCUUCCACCGGCGCCCAAACUUUCCAGUCCCCAGAUGCGAGAGCCUGUGAGGCCGCGCGGCCGGGAGUGGGGGCUUGCAAACUCAGUAGCCCGAGGGCGCCGGUGGUCUCGGCGGCUCUGCGGGACUUGAGCGAGACUCACAGCGCUCAGGCCGCCCCUCCUGGGGGCACCGCGCCCGGCAACGCGCUGCAUUGUAAGAUCCCGGCCCUGCGCGGCCCAGAAGGGGAUGUGAACGUGAGUGUGGGCAAGGGCACCCUGGAACGGAACAGUACCCCGUCGGUGGGCUGGGUGAAUAUGAGCCAGAGCACCGUGGUGCUGGGCACGGAUGGGAUCACGUCCGUGCUCCCUGGCAGCAUGGCCACCGCUGCUGCCCAGGAGGACGAGGAAGGGGAUGAGAAUAAGGCUCGAGGGAACUGGUCCAGCAAACUGGACUUCAUCCUGUCCAUGGUGGGGUACGCAGUGGGGCUGGGCAAUGUCUGGAGGUUUCCCUACCUGGCCUUCCAGAACGGGGGAGGCUGUGGCAUCGCAAUGCUGAUCAUCUCUGUCCUAAUAGCCAUAUACUACAAUGUGAUUAUUUGCUACACACUUUUCUACCUGUUUGCCUCCUUUGUGUCUGUCCUGCCCUGGGGAUCCUGCAACAACCCUUGGAACACGCCAGAAUGCAAAGAUAAAACCAAACUUUUAUUAGAUUCCUGUGUCAUUGGCGACCAUCCCAAAAUACAGAUCAAGAACUCAACUUUCUGCAUGACUGCCUAUCCCAACUUGACAAUGGUUAACUUCACCAGCCAGGCCAAUAAGACAUUUGUCAGCGGGAGUGAAGAGUAUUUCAAGUACUUUGUGCUGAAGAUCUCUGCUGGGAUUGAAUAUCCUGGAGAGAUCAGGUGGCCGCUAGCCUUCUGCCUCUUCCUGGCUUGGGUGAUUGUGUAUGCGUCUCUGGCGAAGGGAAUCAAGUCUUCAGGAAAAGUGGUAUACUUCACGGCCACGUUCCCAUACGUCGUGCUCGUGAUCCUCCUCAUCCGAGGAGUCACCCUGCCUGGAGCUGGUGCUGGGAUUUGGUACUUCAUCACACCUAAGUGGGAGAAACUCACGGAUGCCACGGUGUGGAAAGAUGCUGCCACUCAGAUUUUCUUCUCUUUAUCUGCUGCAUGGGGAGGCCUGAUCACUCUCUCUUCUUACAACAAAUUCCACAACAAUUGCUACAGGGACACCCUAAUUGUCACCUGCACCAACAGUGCCACGAGCAUCUUUGCCGGCUUUGUCAUCUUCUCAGUGAUUGGCUUCAUGGCCAAUGAACGCAAGGUCAACAUUGAGAACGUGGCAGAUCAAGGGCCAGGCAUUGCAUUUGUGGUGUACCCGGAGGCCUUAACCAGGCUGCCCCUCUCUCCGUUCUGGGCCAUCAUCUUUUUCCUGAUGCUCCUCACUCUUGGACUUGACACUAUGUUUGCCACCAUCGAGACCAUAGUGACCUCCAUCUCGGACGAGUUCCCCAAGUACCUGCGCACACACAAGCCGGUCUUUACUCUGGGCUGCUGCAUUUGCUUCUUCAUCAUGGGCUUUCCAAUGAUCACUCAAGGUGGAAUUUACAUGUUUCAGCUUGUGGACACGUAUGCCGCCUCCUAUGCCCUCGUCAUCAUUGCCAUCUUUGAGCUCGUGGGGAUCUCCUAUGUGUAUGGCUUGCAAAGGUUCUGUGAAGAUAUAGAGAUGAUGAUUGGAUUUCAGCCAAACAUUUUCUGGAAAGUCUGCUGGGCAUUUGUAACCCCAACCAUUUUAACUUUUAUCCUUUGCUUCAGCUUCUACCAGUGGGAGCCCAUGACCUAUGGCUCCUAUCGCUAUCCUAACUGGUCCAUGGUGCUCGGAUGGCUAAUGCUCGCCUGUUCCGUUAUCUGGAUCCCGAUUAUGUUUGUGAUAAAAAUGUAUCUGGCUCCUGGCAGAUUUAUUGAGAGGCUAAAGUUGGUGUGUUCGCCGCAGCCGGACUGGGGCCCAUUCUUAGCUAAGCACCGUGGGGAGCGUUACAAGAACAUGAUCGACCCCCUGGGAACCUCUUCCCUGGGACUCAAACUGCCAGUGAAGGAUGUGGAACUGGGCACCCAGUGCUAGCCUGAUGGCAUGGGACGGCCAAGGCCCAGACUCCAUCCUGGAUUUCCUCUCUGCCUCCCCCUGCUGGUUUCCCCAGCUUUCCUCCCAUUUUCCUUCGUCCCUCCCACAUUUCUGUUCAUACCCGUGCAUGAGAGUGGUUCCAUAGGACAUAGUGUCGCAUGCUGUAGUGAAGAGCUAGACAGACCACUUGAAGCACGGUUUGCCUGUGUCCAUGGUGUCAGUGUCCGGUAGGGUUGGUCCCCUGAGCACACAUUUUAUCCCCCAGGAGUGUAUCAACUAGGCGAGCGCUUUCCAGCGAAGUCACAAAGGAGGUUUGUGUGACUGGUCAACAGAGAAGCGUCCACUGUGUGUUGUCAUGGGUGGUGCCAAUGAGGCAGAUCCAGGAUGGCAGAAUAACAGGACUGUUAAUUUGGACUCAUCGGUGGCGUAGUGGUGAGCUGAGCAGCGUGGUGGUUUCAUUCAGACACAUAAAGAUCAGGGUACAUUUGGAGGGGCAGCAGUGGUCAGAAAAUGUUGUCGAGUAAGACAAGGCCACUGGCUUUGGACACCACCAAGGUGGUUAAGUUCACAUUUCCAUUCACAGUAGGGGAUGCUGCCUUCUUUUGUACCAACUGUGUCCAGUGUGCAAGGACUCUGCACACUGCGAAUCUCAGCGAAGAGUCGGCUCUUCCCUCAGUCAUCCUUUUUUCUUUUCCUUAUAACCAUAUUUGUGAAUUCUUUUGGUCACUUCUCCCACCUCUGCACAAGAAGCCAUCAUAUAAUUUGUGCCUAAUGUUGUAUGUUCGUAAUAGAGCUCCAUUCUGGUUUCUACGUGACAUUUAGCCCUGUGGUUCAGUGUCAUGAUCCUGUGUUUCUUCUUUUCUAAAUGUCUUUCUAUAAGCUGUCGAUACCUUGUCUUUCAACCUCUGGGAAAAUAAGACUCAGCCUGGUUCUGUCUAUAUAUUAUAUAUAUAAGACACAAACUCUUAAAAGUCAGAUAACUUCUCAAUUUUUACUCUUCACUUUUUUCAUUCACAGCCAAUGCCAAUUGUGGUCAUAGAGAAAGAAAAGAAAUGGAGAGCUUAAUAGAAAGCAACCAUAAUAUUCACUGCGCUGGUAGAACAUUUUAGGUCAUGGUAUUUACAGAUAUUUCUGAUAAAUACAGCUUAGGUAAGUAGCAAGCGAGCCAAUUAAGACUAUAGCUUUUAAGACUACAUUUAGCUAAUUCAAUUUUAAGAGUUCCCAAUUCACAGUACUCAUAAGUGCACUCUCUAAUGAGAGCAAAUCAUACGUCUGCAGAGAUUGGCGAAGCCGUAACCUUUAUUAUCUUCUUGUAUCCUGAACAUGCAUAUAUGAAAUUUUUAAAAUGUGAUAUGUGUUCAUGUAGUGUGUACUUGUAGUGGUGUUUUCUGUCCUUAUAAAUAUCUUAUGAAUCACUGUAGAUGGUGAGUUUAGACUAGUGUAGUCUGGGUUUUUUUGUUUUUUUCUCUUACAGUAAUAGGUAAAUCUAAAAUUGUUUCCUUUAGGGGAGACCAUUUCAAUCAUUUUCUUAUUUGUCUUCAUAUUACAGGGUCUCAGGCAAAGUUUUCAGUUCAAAUCUUGUAUAUUGACGUGACAUUUUCAUCCUGUUCAACAGCAAUGAAACCCAACAACAGACCUUAAUGUAACAUUUGUUUAAAAAUGACUUCAUUUGUUUAAAACAAAAAGUCUCAACUCAUUUUACUGAGCUCUCCCUUUUUUAGGGCAAACAUCAUUACCUUUUGCCAACACCAAUGUGAACUUCUAGUUUUCAAGAGCAGCCUGUGGAAACUUUUAGAGAAGGAAACAAAGAUGGGUUUUGAGCUUUAGGCUUUCGUCUCUUUUGUCUGCAGUGCAUGUUUGUCCUCCCCCCCUCCUCGAUCUCCUUUUCCAUCUAGUUCCCAAAGCUAGAACUUACUAGAACAUAUCUCAGAGGCUAAGCCCUUCCCCUAGACUUAGCUUUAGGAAGCUGAGCUGUGGCCUCACCUGUCCCAGUGUUUCCCAUAGUCAUCCGUUGGCCAUUAACAAUGGUUUCCCCAAGAAAGCCAUAUUGAUGAGAAGCCCCCAUUCCUGUAGCAGAUUUCGCAUAGUGGUACCAAAAAUUAGUUUCUCCAGUUGGUCCCUGGUGCAGUGGGAGAGGCAAGGGACAACAACUUAGAUUUGGAAAUCAUCUGCAGCCUUUCCAAUUUGAUGGUAGAAGGAACGAGUGGAAAUCAAUUAGCAUUCUCUCAUAGGACCUGUGUGUUUGUGUCAGGACGAAUGAUUUUUGGAUUUUCUCUCUUGCUCCUUGGCUAAAAGUUGAUUCUGAUGCUGGAUGCCAAUCCACUUUCUGCUAAUUACUGCUGUUGUGAUUAAAAGAAGCGGGGAGAAAGCCCUGUGGAGGCUGCAAGAUUUGUCUUGUCCAAACUGAAAGUUAACUUAAUUGUGAGAAGGGGGACCCCCUCACCCUCAACUGUUUUGCAGUUGAGAGUAGUUGCAUGGUGUUCAUUGCAAUCUGUCCAGUCAAGACACAGUAGCUGUUUCCUGAGCAGCUGGGUUUUCUGUCUCCUUUCCCCUACAAUUUCCACGUUUCAUAUACCCAUAUACGUUACACUUUCCUCAUAGGUAGAAGACUCUGAACUUAUCUGGCAGCAGUUACAUUGGCAAAUGUAGUUUUGCCCAUGUCUAUAGUCAUGUUCAACUUUGAGGCUUUCUUUGCCAGAGGUGGGUUCAGUGUCUGAGCUAUUUCCAGUUAUUGAGAAUCUACCCGCUCUGCACCUCCCGGAGACUUGGCUGGGAUGCUAAAAGUUGAGAUGCAUAUGACCAGAUGGAUGUUUCUAUGCUGUGUUAAAAUGCACAGCCAAUUGGAAGGAAAAAAAAGUGAAUGAAUAAAAAGAACAUGAACAGCAUUAUCAUAAACUGUCACUUGAGAGUCCCCCUUCAAACUGAGGAAAAAACUGAGUUGCUGAGAAAAGACUUUCAUUGGUUCACUGUGUAGAAUGUGGGGUAUUUUCCAUUGGGGAGAUAAUUUCCUAAUAGCAACAAAUGCCAGAAACCCAUUCUGAGUUAAAAAAAAAAAGCCAUAUGUUAAAAACAGUAACUCUGUAAUAUCCUUAAAGGAGAAAAAAAAUGUAUAUUUCUUAACUGUUGGUGUUGUGGCUUCUUGUGCAAAUACUUGUCUUGCAUAUUAGUAACUUAAUCUCUUUAGGGCCAUGUGUUUGUCGUGUAUAAAUGUGUCCAAUCUGGUCUUUUUUUAAAAAAAAAAUUUCCCUUUGUAUUUAUUUAUUGCAUGAAAUCCGGUCAAUGCAAAAUCUUGAUGACCUCAACGUCUUUGAAAUUUCUGAUGUGUUUUUAAUACGUAAGACAUGUAAUCAACUUGUAUUUCAGUGAGUGGCACUUUAAAAAAGACAUUUUAACACAACGACCUUUAAAUGGAUAAGACGGGGGUUGUCUUUGUGUUAAUGUUGCAUUGGAGCUGAGUUUUCCUUUAAGUUCUUAUUCUGUUAUCUACGUGUGCCUCAGUGCUUCCUGACAACCUUCACCUGUCAGCAUGGUUAUCCCAUGCCUCAAAUUAAGAUUUUUCUUUCCUUUCUGUUCCCUUGGCCAUCGGUCAUUUUCCUCUUCCCAGAGACUUGCACAAUAACAAUUGCUUAAUGUAUGCGUGAUGGCAAGGUCACAACACCGCUGCUGUUUUUGCACCUGGAUCUGGGUUUUGACUUGCUUCUUGAAGGCAGAUGACUCACGUGAAGGCUUGCUGCGUGGCAGGUUGUCUUGCAGGGAAAAAAGUUCAGGGUCAGUGAAGGAGCAUUUCUUCUGUUUCGCACUGGGUAUCAUUGCAGAAAACGUCCAGGCUGGGUGCAGAGGUUUGGGUGAUGUCAUCCUAGCACUAAUUUCUCCCCAAAGUGGCCCUAGGAUCUGUAAAAGUGAAGCUUCCUAUCUUUCCUAGAUUUUGCUUCAACUGCACAGAAAGGCUGAGUAAUGUUGAACCGUAGCCUCUGCUCAGUCACCUCAGAGCAGCCUGCAGCCAAAGAGAAAGUGUUUUCAGAGUGGGCAUUGAUCACCUCUGAAAAGCAAGCAGUGGUUUGAUUUGCCUGCCAUGAAUUAAAUACAUCUUCAGGUAACCAUUUGCCUUAUAGGUGUAUUUUAUUGUUAGGGUGAUACUUAGUAAUUGACUAGGAAUUGUUUUGUCUCUCAUUUUUUUUGGUCUUUUUUUUUGCACUUUAUUAUGGACCUAUCAUUGGAAUAGGUUUAUUUUUAAAUGGCAUCUUUGGCUAUUAUCCUAAAUGUAGGCAUCUUAUGUGGUAUUGUUGCCUAUGAAUAAAGAUAUGUUCCCUAAUCAGGUCCUUAUAUUUUUUCAUUAACUGUACAUGAAGAAAAUAUAUUAUGUUACAAAUGAUGCAUCAUAUAUAUAUUAUAGAGUACAUACUAUAUACUGUGCAUUAUUCAUUUAAGAAGUCAUUAUUCUUGAGGCCCUACCUCAAAUUUUGUAUUUAUGUGUACAAAUGCAAUUUAUUGUAUUAUAUAUUUGCCUAUUAUAUACUGACAUAAAUUAGAAUUUAUCCUUAUAAUGUAUGAGUUCACAAAACCCUAAAUAAA